AUGUCUCUAUUCCUUCCAAAGAUUUCAUCGUGGUUGAGAGCCUGUUUUGCAACAUUUCCAACGUCUUCUUCAAUAGCCAAACGAACAUUUCCAGGCUAUGCUCCGAAACACGAACCUCACUCUCGACUAUAUAGUGGAGAAACAUGGCAGCACUCGAAGUUUGCAGCUCAUGCUCAGCUCCUAGUUCUCGAUAUCAACUAUGCUGUCUACGCUAAGAGUCCGAUUCUUGAGGAGGUUGAUACCUCUGCCACAGAUGAUCGUCUGAACAACGGUGUUGAGGACGGUCUAGAUUGGUUACUUUCAGCUAGAAAUACAAUUGCUGGUGCAGGAUACAGUGCAGUUCCUCCCAGCAAAAUCGCCGUGGAGAAGGAUAGUGGGAGAGUGGAUUCCUUAUACUUGAAUGCCUACUCCUACAGUCAUGGCCAUGCUUUUCAAAGCACCCGUUUGGGUAACCAUGUUGGAGACCGGAAACACACAAUGGCAUGCGUUCUGACCGCGAUGAUGAGCAGUAUUCUAAUGCAGAAACGAUACGUUACUCCGUGUUUGCCACUAUACUUACGGGCGGAGGAUCCGGGAAGAAUUUGGGGAACAUGGUGGUGACCAUGAAGAAGAUGAUGAUGGCACAGCCAACAUAUCGAUAUGAAUUACAGUUGGUGGGAGUGAGUUGAUCCGGUCUCUCUUUUGAGACGUCCUUUGCACCUUGACUACACCUUUCUUUUGUUAGCUAGUAAUGUUUGAAUGUGAUGACUGUAUGAGGGAGAAUGAUGGAGUUGAUAAUGUUCGUUGGAUUUAAGAUGAUAUUGAAUGUAGAUAAUUGGACACUAGGGACCC